AUGUCACAAUACAACACCCACAACAAUCCAGAUUUGGAAAAACAAAUCUCAAACUCAGACAAUAACUUGGAUAAUCAAACAACAACAUACAAUGAUCCACAAGACCAACAAGAAUUUUCAAGAAUCACUCAUCAAGGUGAAUACAUUAAUAUUGGUCGUACAAAAGUUUUGAAAUCUGAAUUGAUUGAAGCAUUCGGUGGUACUUUACAACCAGGUGUAUCUGUUCCAUCAACUCAUAAAUUUGCUAAUCCUGCUCCAUUAGGUCUUUGCGGUUUCGCUCUAACUACUUUUGUCUUGUCAAUGUACAAUGCACAAGCUAUGGGGAUUCAUACUCCUAACGUUGUUGUUGGAUUAGCAUUCUUCUAUGGUGGAUUAGUUCAAUUAUUAGCUGGUAUGUGGGAAAUUGCAUUAGAAAAUACUUUUGGUGGUACUGCUUUAAGUUCUUAUGGUGGGUUUUGGUUAAGUUUUGCAGCUAUUCAUAUCAAGUGGUUUGGUAUAAAAGAAGCUUAUACAGAUCCUGUUGAAUUUAGAAAUGCAGUUAGUUUCUUCUUAUUAGGUUGGACAAUUUUCACUUUUGGACUAAUGCUUUGUACUAUUAAAUCAACUGUUGGAUUCUUUGGAUUGUUUUUCUUCUUGGAAAUUACAUUUUUGUUGUUAACUAUUGGUGAUUUCACAGGUAGAACUGGUGUUACAAGAGCUGCUGGUGUCUUUGGGGUCAUCACUGCAAUUUUAGCUUGGUAUAACGCAUUUGCAGGUGUCGCAACUAGAGAAAACUCUUAUAUCACUGUUAAAGCCAUUCAAAUGCCAAAACCAAAACGUUUUUAA